GCAGGAGCCCCACAGCCGCCCCGGCCCGGCCGGACGGGCAGACCCCGCCCCUGCCGCCGCCGCCGCCUUGGCAACCGCGCGGCGGCAAGAUGGCGGACGAUCUGGAUCGGCUGCUGGACGAGGUGGAGAGGCGGCUGUGCCAGCGGCAUGGCGGCAGCGAGGAGCAGCCCGCGGCGGCCAAGGAGGGCAGAUCAGCUAAAGUGUUAAUGAGGGCUGGCAGCAGCGAAGAAGAUCUAGACGACAUUAUUGAUGAAAUCUGUAAUGACAGCAGCUUUACCAAAACACCUCCGAAAUUGAAGUCUAAUUCUGCAAGUCUCACACCUGAAAGAAAUGGUGUUGUUGUACAGGCACAUGGGAAAAGAUGCUGUCCAGUGUACCUGGGUGGAAGCCUUUCACCAUCUGGGAUAGGAACAAAUAUUUCAAAAAGAACGUGUGAUCAGCUACGCUGUACUGCUUGUGACUUCCGUGUGUCACUUUUCAAUGACUACGUCUGGGAUCAGUCCUGUGAUUAUCUUUUUUUCAGGAAUAACAUGCCUGAGCUCAGUAAACUAAGAGCAAAGAUGAUAAAGAAGAAAGGAGCACGUGCAUAUGCUUGUCAGUGCAGCUGGAGAUCCAUUGAAGAAUUAACUGACCUCCAAACACAGCCACGGCUUCGGUGGGUUUGUGGUAAACAUGGAGAAUGAAGUCUCCUUGUGUGGGAUAAUUACUUAUAUGGAAAUGCCUCUUAAAAUCAAUUUGUAUGUGUUUCCUACCCAAUUUUCUGAGAACAGAUAGAAAAUUAAAUACUUAGAUCUAGAAAUAGAUUAUAAUACCCAGAUUUCAACCUGAAAACAUUUUGGUUUUUUUAAUUUAUCUGUCUUGCAAGCAGUGUGGGGAGUUGAAUUAUUAGGAGAAAUAAUCAACUUGGAGGCUUUCUGGAAGCUAAAUGAGGUUAAAUUCAUACUCAGUAGUGUUAAAGAAAAGAAGAGGAAAUAACACACUUGGGCUUGGGCAAAGCUCCUUGAGACUGUUCCUCACAUCUAGCAGAGAGCGUUAUUUCCCAUGUCUGCAGAAUCCAGGACUCAAAAUGGUGGUUUUCAUCACAAGCAUAUGAAUUUCUGCACAGACAUGAAUCCUGCUGUUCUGUUUUGCUCAUAGUUGCUAAUGAACAAGUGGUUAUUUAUCUCCUAAAAAAUUACUAUGAGAUCAGCUUUCAUCUUAAAGAUUUCAGCACACCCCAGAGCUUUACUUCUUUUACCCACUGGUAGCCAAAACUGCAGGUGCUGAAAACUUUCUUCCAGUUCCUACUGCUUUCUUCAGAGCACUUUCUGCUGACUAAGGACUUCUACCACAAUGAAUUUCUUCAACUUCUCUUCUUCCUCACUGCACAAGAGAUGAACAAGUUAUUGUGCAAUUAUUAAAUAGGCAAUUUUAAAGAGAUUCUGAAGGGUAUGUUACUCUUUUAUCAGUAUUUUCAAGGGAGAAAAGCUUAGGCUUUUAAGAGUGAAAAAAUGUAUAUCCCCACUGAUGUUCCAAUUCAGAUUCUUUUUUCAGUUUCACUUAGCUUUCACUUCAGCUUUUCUUUAAGAAAAAUUGUUUUCAGAAAGUGUAACUGUCAUGUUUCAACACACUCCCUCAGUAACACUGUUAGUUGGUGAAUUGUCUUGCUUAACCCACUAUAGUUUUAUGGGAAGUCUGUCAGUGGUUUUGCUAUGCAGUAUGUGUAGCUGUAUAGAUAAAUUUAGAAUUACUUUGGGCAAUUCUAGAUAUACAGAGCCAUUUCUCUUUCUCUGAAGUUUUGCUUGUAGUUCCAGUCUUUGUAUUUGUUCUGUUUCUGAGUUUUUCCAAGACAAUUGCAUGGUCUUAUAGAGGUGAUUCUUGUGUCUGUUGCCCUCUGAAAGAGCAGAUCUCAGCAGUGAUCAGAGGCAUCAUGCACUCUGCACCCUGCCUACCUUGUCCUUCCAUGAGUGCUUGUUUUGGAACCUGCAGUAUGCCUGGGAAGUCUGGCAGUGCUUCUUCAGUGCUCCAGACUGCACCUUCCAGUGCCCAUGCAGCCUUGCUGUAGACUCAGAGGUGAGUUGGCUUUGGAGAGGUACUACUUGGCAUAAUGGUAUAGACAUAUUUAGGGUCAUGUAUCAUUUUCAGAGAAUUUAGUAUUUCAGGCUGGUUUCAACUGCUAGAGUCCAAAACUGCAGGUUCAGGACUGGAUACCAGUUGACUAAUUCUCAGUCAGCUCCUAGAAGAGCUCUGCUUGCCCUUCUGUCCUUUGUGGUGUGGGCUGUACACAGUGAGUGUUCCUGGGUGUUCUUCAGGUGGGCCCAAGCAACUUUCAUGCCUAAAGAGCAUCAGUGCUAAGAAUAAGGUAAGAACCCAGCAGUAGGUAACAAGGUCUGGGGAAGAAACCUGCUUUCCAUUCUUCUUGAAGAAUGGAUUUUAAAAAGUGCUGAGUUGCCUUGGCUUUUCUGUUCCAAGAGUAUUUGGAACUCAUGACCAAGUAGUUCCACAGGGUAUCUUUUGGCUAGAAUUGUUCUGGAACUUGUGCCACAGUGUAGAAACAAGCUGGGCUUGCAACCUGUAAUAAGCAGGAAAUGGGGAAAAUCCUAAUUCCCAUCUUAGUUCAUGAGACCAAGUCUUACGUGACUUGGAAAGGGAGCGUGUCUCCUGAACAUUCCCCUGGAAUAAUCAGGCUUAUUCAAGUGUAGUUAACUUGUUUCUGGCCCUGGGCAGUGUGGCGGGAUAUGACAGCUUUUUGUCCAAGGGAAGUUGUAAACAAGUACAGUAAUAGUGGUUCUUGUACAGGUUUUCAGAAUUUAUCAUAUUUCUAGAUUAGAGAAUAAUUGCUACAUCAUUAAGUACAAUUACUCUGUUAAAAGGAGGAGCAGUAUUAAGAUUCGAUUUCCUUUCCUUUGCUUUCUUCAGUUAUAUGUUACAAACCUCUCCAAAGUCCUUGGAUGAAAAGAAUGUAAAGAAAGGUAAAAUAGAGCGUUAAUGUUCAUUUGAUGAAGGUAUUGUCAGAUUGUAUAAGGUUUUCCAGAUGUAGCCCAGACCCUAAGUGGUAUUUCUGGGUUGGUUAUCUGAGAUAGCAGGGAUUAUGUAGAGAAUUCUGUUUAAGAAUAUGUAAAGAAUUCUGUUUAAGAAUGCAAUUCAGCUGUUGUCCAAUGGAGUACUGGAGAGCAGUGUUGCUAAAUAUAAAUGUGACCAUUGUUUCCCUCCAUUUUUUUUUUUUGCCUUAGAAUAAUAAUACUAUUUCCAUUUGUGAAAUGGGCAAGGUGAAAAUUCAAGACUUUUGUUUUGCCUACUGAUAUGCUUGGAAAUUUUCUAGCCUGUCCCAUUAGUCUGCAGCACAUCCCUCAAAAAAAACAUAAGCAAUGAAGGAUGACAAAAUGAGAUUCCAUCACAUUUUAAUAUGCUGCUCUGACUUAUCUUUCACUUGUUUUACCUGCAAACUAUGGAAAGUGAAUAUAGUUCAGAAGAGUCAUUGUUAAGAAUCAAUCUGCUAUUAAAGUUAACUUGCAGAAGCAUAAUAACUUAACAUGUAGCAAGCUCUGCACUGCAUUGUAUCAAAUAAAGAUUUUUUUUUUCAAACAACCUAUUUUAGUUUUGUGCUGAAGAUACUCUGCAAAUGCUGCCACUUGCUGAAAGACUGCCACUUCUCUUGUUUCCUGACAUGUGAGUCUUUGGGUCAUGUAACCAGCACAUGUGGUAGUCACACAAUACAAGAAGUGCUAUGUUGGGAGCUGCAUAUGCAAACUUUUCUUCCUGCCAGGCUCCUUUUUCAGAAGAUCUGAUGUUCUGUCUGUGCUGUGACACCUGAUAACUGCAGGCAGGUGGAGUGAAGGACCAUCAGGUGCUGCUCAUUGUUAGGGCCACAUCUGAUGCCUCGGGUUUGGCAUGUGUGCUUUGAGAAAGUUUUUCAAAUGUCAGCACUUAAUAAAAUGAAAAGUUGGAACUAAUCUGAAUCGUGUGUUGUGUGAAUUCUAUUGUAUUCUUCUUAUGCAAGAGAAGCCUUAUAAAGAUAUUUUCUGUCUGAAGGGUUAUGACAUGUCCUUAGUUCAAAAGCAUUGUCCAGCUCAUAAGAAGCAGUAAGUACUGUUGUAUGUGUUUUCUCACAUCAGUGAGGAUGUAACACAUAGAGGAGAAUGAAAUAAACUUUAACAUUCUUUA